AUGGAGAAUGACUCCCUUGGAUUCCAAAUUCAGAUGAAAGACAAGCCCGUUACUAGAAGAGGUAUUCUAUCAGUAACCAGCUCAGUGUACGAUCCUUUAGGAAUUGCAUCCCCGUUUGUUCUUAAGGCCAAGUCAAUUCUGCAAAGACUUUGUAGGGAUGGUAAGGGAUGGGAUGAGGAGAUCACAGGAAAAGAUCUGAAGGACUGGACCGAUUGGCUGCUCCAGCUACCUGAACUAGAGCAUGUUACCAUUGAUCGGUGUUACAAAGGGAAAAACCUCGGCAAGGUAACCUCCUGUCAACUUCAUGGUUUCGCAGAUGCAAGUGACAUUGGAUAUGGAAUGGUAUUCUAUCUUCGACUCGUUGAUGUCACUGGAAAGAUCCACUGCUCGUUCUUGUUCGGGAAGGCGAGAGUCGCACCACUGAAGGCAGUGACUAUACCCCGGAUGGAACUUACAGCUGCCUCUUCUCUAGUGAAGUUGGUCAGGAUGGUGACAGAACAGCUGAAUUACAACAUAGAUCGAUUCUUCUUUUGGACUGACAGCACUUCAGUCUUAAGGUAUAUCGCAAACAAGAAUUUGCGCUUCCACACGUUCGUAGCUAACCGCAUUGCUCUUAUCCACGAAGCUACGUCGGAAGAUGACUGGUAUUACAUCAACACUAAGGAGAAUCCAGCUGAUGUUGCAUCAAGAGGAACGAGCAUUUCGAAGUUGCCUGACUCGUGGACUCGUGGACCAAUGUUCCUCUGGAAAUCCGAACGUGAAUGGCCCGUUGUGGAAAAGGAUGUUAAGAUCACGGAUAAAGAGAAUGAUCCUGAAAUAAGGACGACUGCGUGCGCUACAUCAGUUGUUUUAGACACAAACAGUGGUGUCGAAAAUCUUUUCGACUAUUACUCCAACUUUAAUAAGCUUAGGAGAGCUACUGGAUGGCUUAUGAGAGCUAUGGACAACCUGCAGGGAGCUGUUGAGAGGAGCCGGCAGAUAAAACAGGACAUCAGCAGUUCAGAAUCUGAUCCUGUGAAACGCGACCAGAAAAUAAAGUUAACAUUGUCGAAAGAGAGACAGGAUAGACUUCUCAAAGGAAAGAAAAACCUUCGUACAGCGUGCCUGUCUGUGGAUAUUCUGGAACGAGCUGAAGCCGCGUUGAUUAAGUAUGAGCAACGAAAGUACUUCGCAGCCGAAAGCAAGGUCCUUCACCAGGGCAAUGGUGUUCAGUCGCGAAAACUCAAGAAGACUUCGAAAUUAUUCAAGAUGGACCCCUUUGUUAAAGAUGGUGUCAUUCGCGUAGGAGGUCGUCUUGAAAGAGCUGAAAUUUCGUAUGAUGCAAAACACCCCGUGGUGUUGCCUAGGGAAUCUGUCGUAUCGAGACUCGUUGUGGAUAAUGCCCACAGAUCAUGUGGUCACUUAGGAAAGAACACUGUGCUUGCAUUCAUUCGAGAAAAAUAUUGGAUUGUUGGUGCUCGCACUCUGGUGAAAUCUAUUCUUUCCAAAUGUGUGACUUGUAGGAAAUACAGAGCUCCAUGUGUUGAGCAAAAGAUGGCAAACUUACCCGCAGAGCGACUCGCAGCUGAUCAGCCUCCUUUCAGCAGAACUGGGAUGGAUUUCUUCGGACCCUUUGAACUGAAACGUGGAAGGAGUGUGGUAAAGCGAUAUGGGGUAUUGUUUACCUGUCUUGUGACUCGUGCGGUCCAUUUAGAAGUUGCUGCGUCGCUCGAUACAGAUUCUUGCAUCAACUCCAUUCGACGAUUUAUCGCUCGCAGAGGAAAACCUGUAUUUAUUAGAUCGGAUAACGGAACCAACCUUGUCGGUGCUCAACGAGAAAUGAAGGAAAAUAUUCAGAAAUGGAACACAGACAAAAUUCGUGAUAACAUGUUGCAGAGUAGCAUUCAGUGGGAAUUCAAUCCUCCCUCCGGUUCUCACUUCGGCGGAGUCUGGGAAAGACUCAUUAGGUCUGUGAGACAGGUGUUGUACUCUGUUAUGCAUGAGCAGAAUGCGAAACUGGAUGACGAAGGACUUCAGACACUCUUUUGUGAGGUAGAGGCUAUCUUAAAUGGACGCCCGUUAACUGAAGCAUCGGAUAACGUAACUGACCUACGGGUUUUGACCCCAAACCAUCUGCUAUUGCUUCAGCCUGGAGAGUAUUUCCCACCUGGAACAUUCGUCGCCACGGAUAACUAUGCCAGAAGGAGGUGGAGACAGAUACAGUACCUUUCAGAUAUUUUCUGGAAUAGGUGGACCAAGGAAUACUUGCCGCUUCUGCAAGGCCGCCAGAAAUGGAUGAAGAAACGACGCAAUAUGCAGACUGGAGAUCUUGUGCUGAUCGCUGAUAGUGCACCUAGGCAUGCGUGGAUAACCGGUAGGAUUCAGGAAGUUGUGAAAGACAAACAUGACAUUGUGCGAUUCGUGAAGGUUAAGACCCCUUCCAAUGUGUUAACGCGUCCAGUGACCAAACUCGUGCUCUUGCUCGAGUCAGACAUUGAGUAA